AGCCUCCGACAUUACAUUGUUAGGGAAUAGCUGAAGAACGCAGCAGGGUUUGCUUCCCAGUCAGCCCAGCAACGGGUUGCAACUUUGCAAGGGUUCCUCACGCACGUCUCUCAGUCACGAUUACGACGGCUUCGCCUUCCGCUUACUAACACGAUAUUAGCACGAAUUCAACUGCAACUGCCGUCAUGCCUUCGUAAUCUUCUUUUAUCAGUGACACACACGCACGGCUGGUCAUGCUUUGCUCAUCUCUCGUGCAUGUGUAUCCUGCCUUUGGCAUGGAUCGGAGGCGUUACCACCGUCAGUGUAGAAUAGAUGGGGGUGGGACGGGACUCUUGAGAACUGGGAUCCCGCUACGUUUCUGACGUGAGAGGUAGAAAACUCUCCCUUGCUUUAACGAAUGAAGCCCCACUGAGUUCUAGAAAAUGGUUUUGGGAUUGAAUGUCCUGCGGCUGCACAACAGAUACCAUCAUUCUUCUAGUGUCCUGCACUAUCGUUGCGAUCAGGCCCAGCUGAAGGCAGAUGUGAUUGAACUAGAUACCGAGGAAUGGCAAAGCAAUCCCUCCUUUGCUGGGUUGGAAAGAGUCGGUGGGGUGGACCUGUCUUACGUCAAAGGAGAUGACACUAGUGCCUGUGCUUCACUGGUAGUACUCAGCUACCCAGAACUUGAGGUGCUGUAUGAAGAUUGUCGCAUGGUUGUGGUUAAUGCCCCCUACGUGGCAGGCUUCCUGGCUUUCCGAGAAGCCCCCUUCCUUGUGGAAGCUGUUCAGCGGCUGGAGCAACACCAACCUGGCCUCAGGCCUCAGGUGCUCCUUGUAGAUGGAAAUGGCAUCCUGCAUCAUAGAGGGUUUGGCAUUGCUUGCCAUCUUGGUGUGCUCACAGGUCUGCCGUGUAUUGGUGUAGCCAAAAAUCUCCUGCAGGUUGAUGGUCUGGCCAAUGAUGAGCUACAUAAGGAACAAAUCCGGGAACUGCAGGCAGGAGGAGACACAUUCCCACUGUCAAGUACUUCGGGGAGAAUCCUGGGUAUGGCCCUGCGCAGCCAUGCAAAGAGCACAAAACCCGUGUAUGUCUCUGUGGGCCACAAGAUGAGCCUUCAGUCAGCUGUCAGCCUCGUCCACUCUUGCUGCUGGUACCGGGUUCCUGAGCCCAUCCGUCAGGCAGACAUAAGAUCGAGAGAAUAUAUCCGGAAGCAUAUGGAGUCUACUUCGGCUGCAUUAUCUCAGCCAGAGAGGAUGAGCGAAGAUGCAGACUCUGAACAGUGAUGUGGCCUCAAAGAUAUUCUGCAAAAUCUUUUGGUCCCGAUAUGUUGCAACCCAGCCUCCUGGACAGCUUGUUACUUACUGCCACUGUCACCCAUGAGGAAGGUGCAAAUGGACCUUAGGAGGGAUUCAGGGGGCUACCAGAUUAGGGGCCCAAGAGCUACCCUUGGGCAAGCUUCAUUUGUUUCUUCGCCAUCCCAAGGGCUGUUUCACACUCAUUGUGGCAGGAACUCUGCAUUGGCAACCAGGUGCAGAGCAGUCUGGGAGAUACAGCUAGUUCCAGCUCCCUGAUUGUAUAAGACACAUGUUUGGCAUGAUCAUAAAUGGUAUGUUUAUAUUAACAUGCAAAAUACCAUUUUAACAUGUAAUGUGGAAAAGAAACCUCGAGCAUGAAUGAAAUGAGUGGAAGGGGGGGCCAACAGUAAGGAUGGGGAUUGGGGAGAGCGUAGUGGGGGAGCCAAACCCCAGCUGCUGAUGCUUUGCUGACAGCAUAAGAGCAGCAGGGGACUGCGGCUUCUCUUCAAGAAAUCCAGAUAUUUCAGAGUCUGGAUAUAAGUGAAGCACUGAAAAUAAACCUUCCCUGUUAAUCCCCA